AUGUUUGGGGUCCCAGAGCGCGGUGGAGCCGGCGAGGAGGCUUCGCAUCUCGAGGAAGGUGACGAAGAGGAGCUCGAGGAACUCGAGGAUGAGAAUGGUGUGGAGUUCGAGGAACCCCAGGGUGAGGAUGGUGUGGAGCUGGAUCCGGAGGGCGACAAGCCUUCGGAGGGGCAGGAUCUGGCCGAAGGCCCCGCCGAGCCUGCAGAGGAGGAUUUCGACCCUGAUGCCUACGCCGACAAGGUCUCCCCUGCUGGUGUCGCAGAGAUCUGCUCGAGCCCCGAGGUGGCUGAGACCAAGGAGGAUGCGACCAAGGAGGAUGUGGAUGCAAAGGACAGGACGUCCGAGCUGCGAGAUCGGCUGCGGGAGCUGAAAAAGAAGAUGGUGCUCAAGCGCGAGGACACGCAGCUG